CAGCGCAACAGUCCUCCGGUGGAAACAGAUGCACGGCUGUUGAAAUCGUUCCAGUGUUCAUGCAUAGCUUACCGGACAAACAACACAUCUGUUUGGUAAAAUCUACGGGCAACAUUCUCACUAAAAAACAUGGCGGCGUCCUUGAGCAGCACAGCAAGCGCGAGGCUUCUGAGCUCGUUGCGGUCGGGCUCGCUGAGCCGAGGCCUCCACGUCACCGCGGCGCGCUGCAAGAACCGAGCGGCUCGUGUCCGAGUGGGCAAAGGAGACCGACCCCUGACCUACGAGGAGGCGCUUCCGCCCCAUCACAUCGCCCACCGUAAAGGGUGGCUGUCGCAGCACACCGGUAACCUGAGGGGAGAGGAGGGCACGGCCGAGCGGACCGUGGAGGACGUGUUCGUGAGGCGCUUCAUAUUCGGGACCUUCCACGGCUGCCUGGCCAACGAGCUCGUGAUCAAGCGGCGCGGCAACGUGCUGGUGGUGUGCGCUUUGAUGCUGCAGAAGUUACAGCCGCAGAAGUUUUACUUCUUGAUCGGCUACUCGGAGACGAUGCUGUCGCACUUGUACAAGUGCCCCGUGAAGUUGGAGGUGCAGACCCUGCAGGAUAAGGCCGUGUACAAGUACCUCUGAUGGAGCGGCGUGCUGGGAACACGCUGUACUUCUGCUCUUGUAUAAAACUCCCGUCAUCCGAGCUCGCAGUGAUGUCAUCGCUGCUUUUGUGAUUAAAAGUUGUUUAACGAAUGUAAAAAACGACCUGGUUUAAUACACAGUAUAUAUGUACUUAUACUGCAUUUUAACGGUUAUUUAUAUUUGGAAAUGUCAAUGUCUUUUCUCAUAUCAUGAAAUCUUUAUGUAGAAAUUAUGAAAACAAAGUUAAAUGCGUCACACAGAAAAACAGUAAAAAUACAGAAAUCAGAACCUGUAAAUGAAACUUGAAUGAUGAAAUCAGGAAAAGGGAUUUAAUAAAGAUUCAAUUUAAAUAAACUAAUAACUCAUGGUUUGCAAGUGAA